GAGGGCGCUAUUUGUCUUUCAUUCGCUUGAUGGCCGACGAUGCUACAAUAUUCAAUUCAGGAAGUUAAACAAUAAUUCAUAUAAAAAUGUCAAUUUUUGUGAACAUAUUGUCCAAGGAAUAUGUUUGCAUUGGUCAUGAUCAGUCACUGGAAACUAUUAACGAUUUAAAAUUGAAAUUAUGCAGUCAAUACAAUUUAUCAUACAAAGAGUUGAGAAUAACACAUAAUGGAAGACAUGCAAGUAAUGACAGCCCAGUUGAAAGUGAUGCAGUGUAUCGUGUAACACUACCGUUGAUUGGUGGAAAAGGAGGAUUUGGUUCCAUGCUACGGAUGUUAGGGGCUCAGAUUGAAAAAACUACUAAUCACGAGGCUUGUCGAGAUCUAAGUGGACGACGUAUGCGUGAUGUAAAUAAUGAAAAAAAGCUGGCGGACUGGCUCACUAAGAAAGCUGAAUUGGAGAGAGAGCGAGAAGAGAAACGAAAGGCAAAAUUGGAACGAAUGCGAUCAAAACCACGACAUGUGUUUGUUGAUCCAAAUUAUGACAAGCAGAAAAGAGAUGUGCUGGAAAAUUUAGAUGAUGCCAUUACACAGGGUUUACAUGCUUCUACAGGUGAAAAUUCCUCAUCUACCUCGUCCUCCACACUACCAACAAAGAGAAAAAGUGAUGAAGAUGAGGAAACCAAAAACAAGAAGUCUUGUUUAUGGAUGGGUGUUGACAUGGAUAGUGAUAGUGAUGAUGACGAUAAUGACAGGAGUAAAGAAGAUACCAUAAAUAUUGUAGAAGCACAGAUAGAAACAGCGCAAGCAGAACCUACAGAAAGCACAACUAAAGCACAUCCAUUGCUUAAAAGUCUACCGCCCCCAAUCGAUGAAUCUGUAGAGAAAACAAGUAUUGCUAAUGAAACUGGCAAUAGCUCUAGAAAUGAAGAAGUUGAUUUAGAACAGUUUUUAACAGCAAGUGAGCUUGAAUGUGUCGGCUUGGAAAGACUCAAGAUGGCAUUGAUGAAUAGAGGUCUGAAGUGUGGUGGCACCCUACAGGAGAGAGCCACUCGAUUAUUCUCAGUAAAAGGCCUAGCUGAAGAUCAGAUUGAUCCAGCUCUAUUAGCAAAAUCAUCUAAGGGAAAGAAAGCAAAAAAGUCCCAAUCUAAAAAUUAAUUUGAAUGCAAGUCAGAACGCACUACAGAAUUAUCUACUGAUUACCAUCAUAACUGUAAGGCUAUGUUACAAGUUAGAGAACUGUGUUAAAUAAUGAAAAUUAACCAAAAUAACAUGUGUAUGUAAGUCACAUCACUCUGUGUUAAGAGAAGACCAUGAACUAAUGAUUCGUAUACACUACUAUGCAGGCAGGUUUAUGUUUUUAAAAAUGGGUGUUUUGUAGGUUGGGGAAGGUGUCUGUAGAUCUUAUUUUUGAUGAUUUUUUUCCUAGUUUGUUGUCCUCCCUUGUGUUUUUUCUUCAUUAGUUUUAAAAGUUUUUACACAAAACUGAACUAAAGUAUAUAAUGCAGCAACCAGUUUAUUCAACAAAACUGUACCAAAACUUUGCAAAUAAAUUGUUCAUAUAUUAUUUUAAA